UUUUAUGACAGCAACUAAAAGCAACGUUCAUUUACAAAACCAUACAGGGAAAUCCUUUCGGCUGAUCUCGUCUGUUCUGUUUAUUGAAAAAAAAAAGAUUUGUUCCAACGAUGCAGAAAAAGUACGUAAAGUGAAAUAUAAUUCGUGCAACAAAAACUAUUAGCGAUUGCCAGGAGCAACAGGCAUCAGCGGGUAGGUACACAUCAGGAAAGCUGGACCCGAUCCCGAAAAAUAUGACGAAAAAUAUGCUCAAGAAUAACAUCGGGUCCUUACUGUACAGAAUGUAAAUUUAAGUUAUCGACGAAAUGAUGUCUUUCGGAGUGUCCAGCAGGCCCACGGAAAUCAACACAUUGCGGCGCUACUCACUCGCUUCCGCAGUCACGACACAAGGAAGGAGAUCAAGCAAUUAACACGUGAGCAUCGCGGAGUCGGGCCAUAGGGACAGAGUAACGUUCAAUAUAUCGCGUCAAUAACUUUCUCCCGGAUUUAUUCAAUAAGCAACGCAUUACUUUACCGCAUUAGUGACAGACUGCGACCUCCCUGCCAUGUCCGCGACAGCCGUGAUGGACCCUUCCGGGCACGUAGGGCACGUAUCACACUGUACUGAUGAGGCCUCGGUGGAUAUUGUUGCCGUGGAUACUGUCAGCAGCGAGUCAUCGGAAGACGAUUCGGUGGGCGAGAGGGACGAGGGUGCGACGACUCCGGACGAGCCCAACAUGACCCUCGACAGCGCACUGGAAGUCCAGUCUCAGAAAUCUGAGGCUCCACGACCCUCAUCGCUCGCUAUGGUGACCCCCGCCUCAUCUCUGUGGACCUCCCGAUGUGACGGGGAGGUCAAGCUGAGGAUGUCUGAGACAGGCUUGGCGUCUGAGCAGCCAAUAAUAGUGUCGCAGCUGCUGGCCCGUGCCGUGGAGCGCUACGGGGACCAGGCAGCCCUGGCCUGGAAGGAGGGAGAGCAGUGGAGUAAGAUGUCCUAUCGGGAGUACCACCAACGGUGCAGGACCAUCGCCAAGAGCUUCCUCAAGCUGGGUCUGGAGCGAUGGCAUGGUGUGGGCAUCCUGGGCUUCAACUCCCCCGAAUGGUUCAUCGCCAACAUUGCCGCCAUCAUGGCUGGGGGCCUGGCUGUGGGCAUCUACACCACCAACUCGCCAGAGGCCUGUCAGUACGUGGCGGAGAACUGCAGGGCCAGCAUCAUCGUGGUGGAGAACCACAAACAGCUGCAGAAGAUCCUGCAGGUACAAGACAAACUCCCCCAUUUAAAAGCCAUAAUCCAGUACAAAGACACGCUGAAGGAGAAGCGACCGAAUCUAUUCACGUGGGCGGAGCUUGUGGAGAUGGGUCGGAAUGAGCCCGACAACCGACUGGAUGAGAUAAUCGCCAGUCAGAAGCCCAGCCAAUGCUGCAGCUUGAUCUACACCUCUGGCACUACUGGCCAGCCCAAGGGCGUGAUGCUCAGCCACGACAACAUCACCUGGACGGCCCUAAUCGCAGCAGAGACAGUGAAUCUCAGUGACGGCGCCGUCAGCCAGGAGGAGAUAGUCAGCUAUCUGCCACUCAGUCACAUCGCCGCGCAGAUGAUUGACAUCUGGCUAACCAUGAGGAUUGGGGGCGUGGCCUAUUUUGCUCAGCCCGACGCCCUGAAGGGCUCGCUGGUGGUCACGCUGCGGGAGGUACGGCCCACGGCCUUCAUGGGUGUGCCGCGCGUCUGGGAGAAGAUGCAGGAGAACAUGAAGUCAGUUGGCGCCAAGUCCUCCACCGUGCGGCGCAGAGUCGCCGUCUGGGCCAAGGGGGUGGGGCUACAGACCAACCUGGGCAGGAUGCAGAGCAAUGGCUCCGUACCCGGGAGGCCCCUGAACUACCUGCUCGCCCGGCAGUUGGUCUUCCGGAAGGUCCGCAGGGCGCUGGGCCUGGACCGCUGCACCCGCUGCUAUACAGGCGCGGCGCCCAUCGCCAGGGACACGCUGGAGUUCUUCCUCAGCCUGGACAUCCCCGUGUACGAACUGUACGGCAUGAGCGAGUGCUCGGGCCCCCACACCAUCUCCCUGCCCGACGCCUUCCGACUCACCAGCUGCGGGAAGGUGAUCAAGGGCUGCGAGACGAAGAUGGUGAACCCGGACGGCGAGGGGAGCGGCGAGAUCUGCUUCUGGGGCCGCCACAUCUUCAUGGGCUACCUGAACAUGCCCGAGAAGAUGGAGGAGGCGCUGGACGCGGAGGGUUGGCUGCGCUCUGGGGACCUGGGCAAGCACGACGCCGAGGGCUUCCUCUACAUCACCGGCCGCAUCAAGGAGCUGAUCAUCACGGCUGGCGGGGAGAACAUUCCCCCAGUGCCCGUCGAGGAUGCGGUUAAGGAGGCCAUGCCUCUGAUCAGCAACGCCAUGCUCAUCGGGGACAAGCGCAAGUUCCUCAGCAUGCUGCUGACUCUCAAGUGCCAGAUGAAUAUGGAGACGGGUGCCCCAGAGGACGAGCUGACGGCAGAUGCAGUGGAGCUGUGCCGGAAGCUGGGCAGCCCCGCCACGCGCGUGUCCGAGAUCGCGGGCGGCCGGGAUCGAGCUGUCAACGCUGCCAUCCAGGAGGCCAUCAACAGUGUCAAUGAGCACGCCACCUCCAACGCGCAGCGCAUUCAGAAGUGGGUCGUCCUGGAGCAUGACUUCUCUAUCCCAGGGGGAGAGCUGGGUCCUACAAUGAAGCUAAAGAGGCCAGAAGUUUUGAAAAUCUACAAGGAGCAGAUUGAGAACUUCUACAAAGAAGUGGUAACAGCUGAAACGCCCCUGGCCGGCAACUAAGAGUUUGUGGCCACAUGCCCCGCCCCCCAAACAAAAGGGUGUGGCUGCAUGCCCCUCCCCCCAAAUAAGAGGGUGUGGCCACAUGCCCCACCCCCAAAUAAGAGGGUGUGGUCAUAUUUCCCAUCGCCAAACAGGACUUUGUCACAUGCCCCAAACAAUCACACACACACACACACAUGAAAAACCACCCGAGACUCCUACAAAUGUCAGGUCAGCUGAUUGUGUACAUUUGCUGUUAUAAAAAUGUAAUCCAAUGAGGGAAAAAAUAUAUGUAUAUUUAUUCUUAAGAGAAUUUUUUUGUAAUUAUAUAAUGUGGUUUCAAAUGGGGCAUUUUGUAUAGUGUAUUACUUUUUAAAAACUAUGAAAAUAAUUUAAAAACUUUUUCCUGUACUAAUUAGUCAUCAGAUAGCUGAGAGUUUUGAUUUGGGAUAAACCAACAAUGGGUCCAAGAGAAGGGGGAGGCAGGUGGUUCCCUGUAGUGCAAUAACGUGUGUUCUCCACUCAUGGUGAGGGUAUCUCCUGUAGUUUUACCCACUUGCCUUAAAUUGUACCCUCACAAAGACCAAGGCGGGGACGACCGAUUCAUGGAACUCUUCCGAAGCCUGGAGGCAUCUGUGCGUUACGCACCUGCUUGGAUCCACACAGUGAUGGCGGAAUGUUUCACUCCCUUUCUGCGUGUGUGCAGUGCAUUGUGGGUCUUCAUUCACACAUCUUUGUUCUGUUUUUGAGGUGAUUAAUGUUAAUCUUACGCAGGAUGAACCAAAGGUUAAAAUAAUCCCUCAGGGAUAAAUGCAUUUUUUUGCCGUGUUUCCGUUUGAGUGGGUUUUUUUCUGCACUGCUGUCCUCGGUGAAUCCGAAAUAUGGAAUAAUGUGGAAUAAUGCGACACAGAGCGACGGGGAUUCUGGCUGAGCAAAGGGUAGCGGGGCGAAGAAGAUAGCGGGUGACGCACCCCCCAGGCAUGAGGUCAAAUCCCAACCCAAAGCAUGAAGUCACCCCCCGCAUCUGUGACCACCCGUCUAGAGACUGGGCUUUCUGGAUUCCUCUCCUAACCACCACUUCUUCUGCUAAUGCCGUGCUUGGCCACUGUCACCAUCACAGUCACGUUCACGCUGGACAGGCCGCCGCAUGCGUCCCGCCUCCCAGGCACUGGCAUUCGCUUAAGACUUACUUGAAAGACUCAUGAGAUGAAGGACGUCUGUUUUUGAAUAUAAAAUGCCUGUAGUCCUCGAUUUCCUACUGCUUUGUAUGCAAUAAACAUAGAGCCGUUUUGACAAGA